AUGAGCCGCCAUCCCGACUCCCACGCCACCACCGACUCCGUGUGCAUUCGCGACCCAUUGUUUCAAGUCUGCCGGAGGCUAUGCCCAAAUCUUUGGCGCGAUCCCGUUACCGCCGGCGACGUCCCAACCUCUGCCAUCGCCGACUCUGUGUGCAUUCGCGACCCAUUGUUUGAAGUCGUGUGCGGCGCCGACGACGGCCGAACCCUCCGACAGUGCAACAUGUGUUCGUCCAAGUUCCAUCAUAUGUGCAUCGUGGAAGAAGCCGCGAGGAACGGGUGGCCCGAAGCGGAAGAAGGUCAAAAACUGUAUGCUGUGCAUGCGGUGCCAUCAACAGCGCAAGACGUGCCGCCACCUGCGAGGAAGCGAGGGCGUCCGAAAGGAGCGAAGAACAAGGCAAUGGUGCAAGAUGUGGAAGGCGAGUCUACACGGAAGAAGCGUGUGCGGCCACCGAAGUCGUCGUCAAAUGCCAACAUGCCGCCAACGCCGUCAGAGGUGGACGUCACGCCGAUCUCAGUCGGGGUAUCCGAGUUUACACCCGACCACAAGUCCAUUCGAUCCCAGACAAUGUUUCGGAACGUGUCGUUCAGGCCGCUACAAGAGAUGCAAAUCCACAAGAACGACAAGAAUCUGCUUGCCUUCUACGCGGAUUGCCAAGACUUCAUGCUAAGUGGUGUGGUCACCGAAGUGCGCUACGUUGUUGGCAGCGAGAACGAUCCCGACAUCGACACGCCGGGCAAGAACACGAAAGCCGAGGCCAAGGCGAUGGUGGCAUUGUACAAGAUCACUUGGAAUCACACACGGUUUCAGCGCGACGAGCCGUGGAUUACUGCGCGCCUGUUUUACAAAGGUGUGUUGCGUCCCGAGGACGAGUCGCACGAUCUGACAGAGUGGGACAAGAAGUUCCUUGCGAACAGUUCAUUCGACGAAGAGACCAAGAGCGACGAAGAAACCAACGACGGCAGCUUGGCGCCGCAAGACGACGACAGCAGCGGGGACGAGUGGUCCGAGUACGUGGACCGUGGUUGGAAGAAGCACGGGUACUACGACGCGACAGAAGACAUUGAAGGACUCGAAGACGUGGAAUGGACGUGCAGAGGACAUUACGCCGGGCCCACAGACCUCUACGAACACGAAGACAACAAGGACGACACGCCCGUGGACGAGUUGCGCAUUUCGGAAGAGUUCAAGCAUCUAUUCAAGGACCCCGUCAAAGGUUUCCUGGCACCGUGA